UUAGUUACCAUGAAUGUUAGCCACAAAGAACACAUGGAUUAAUUUUUGUGAUGAAGACGGCAAAGAAGAUAGAUCACCAGUGCUUUACCUAGAGUCUUUACCGUCGUGACAUUAACUGCAUAUAAUUAUUUAGUCGCGCUCUAGCGGACACCUAUGCACAUGACCUUUCGCCGCUUGUUGAUACAAACCACCGCAGAAGCCUUACGUUGUUACGCUAUUUUGUCCUCAACCUGUAAUAACGGUAAAUUCUUUUCGAUCAUCCAUCAAUCUUCGAUCGACUUGGAACAAUCGGUCGAUUACUAGCAGCUGUAAAAAGCGCAGCACAAGGCAAAUGUAUCACAGAAUGCGAUCUAUCUUCAUCUUACUGCAGAUUGCAGCCUUUUCAUCGACUGAUAAAGGGAAGGUUACGAGCAGUUCACUUUACGUUCAACCCAGAGUACUAAUAAUGAAUAAAAAAAUGGACAAAGAAAAGAUGUAUUUAACUGCAGUUGAUUUACAAAGGAGGCCGUCAAAAGAUAGAACUUGGAAGGACUGGACAUCACGGCCCGGGAAUGGAUCUAGAAGGUGGGAAAAGACACAGGAUACUAAUUUAAACCCACGCUUCGGGAUCUGCGCUGUCACUGAACAACAACCAAAUGCCUGGCUUUUUAGCAGCCUUAUUGCUGUACCAAAUUCAGUGAAAAAGGUUGAUGUUACCUUUGUAUACAAUACAAGGAGCUGUAAAGAACUUGGUGGAGAUAAGAUGAUCUGUAGGGAAUAUUUCGACUUCUACGUGCAUCAGUCCUGGAAUUCAAUGCUACCUGACCCUUCAAAAAACAAUGCCACUUAUGCAAAGAUUGCUGAAAUAACUACAACGAUCCUUGGCUUUGACAAGGUAGCAAAAACUUUUGGAGUCGAAGUAAAAGGAAAGUACAUCGUUCUGGCCUUUCAUAACCAUGGUUCAUGUAGCUCCAUCCACUCUGUCAGAGUCAGUUAUUACUUCUGUCCAGAAUUUACUCUUGUUGGUGGUUUAGUGUCCUUGUUAGAAUCUAUAGCCCCAGCAAACAACUCUAAGCCAAUUCAAGGUAGUUGUGUUAAAAAUGCCAACUCCGAGCAAGGUAUUCCAAGUGUUGACUGCCAAAGCGAUGGCUUUUGGAACAUCAGUUCACUUAAAGGGAGAUGUAUAUGUAACAAAAACAUGGAGAAUAGGAGAGGAGAAUGCAAAGAUUGUACCCUGUGGAAAUACAAUGAUGAGAGUGGCCUUAAUUGCACAGUUUUACCAUCAGCCCCAAGAAAUGCUAUCACGACUUUCGUCAACCAAAGUGCAUUAGGGUUACAAUGGCAGCCCCCUAAUGUAACUGGUGAUCAGACCCAGGUGUGGUAUGAUGUCGACUGCCGUAAGCCAUGUGACAGUGAUGACGACAAAAAUUGUGUGGAUAAAGCUUGCGGAGGUGACGUCAUUUUCAUACCAUCUAAGGAGAAACUGAGCACAUCUCAACUCAUCGUCGGUAACCUCUCUUCAUUUAUAAACUACACUUUCAAAAUCUACGCCAGGAAUAGAGUGAGCGAGGCUGCUAAAAGUAAAGAUGGAAAUGAAGGAUUCUUUGAGAAAAUUACCGUAAGGACUAAUGGAUCAGUUCCAGGUAUACCGGAAGUGUCCAUCAAACAACCGAAAACAACUGUCGUUGUAUCUUGGACACUGAAGAAAAAAAAUGGAGUUAUUAAAGAGUACGAAGUGACGUACAUUAAUGCGAAUGAUACAUCAGACACCAUGAGUCGUCAGACGAAAACAACAGAAAUGCAGUUUGAUUUGAAGGAAGGAAAGACUUACCAAUUUAAGGUAUUUGCUAUAAACGACCACGGAAGGGGACCAGCUGGUACGAAGACGUUUACUUUGAGAAACGAUAACUCGAAGAAAUUACAGCUUAUUGCUUACAGUGCUGGAGGAGCAGGAGCACUGCUGCUUAUUAUUCUGAUAGUGGUCAUUAUUGUCUGCUUUGUAUCUCGUAGAAGGAGAAGUAAAAAGAGUGCAGAGCAAGCUUAUAUGGAAGCCCUUCAGCAAGGAAGCGAACUUCAAACCACGAAUCCCCGAGACCAGAGAUCCUAUAUCGACCCUAACGACUAUAUCGACUUGCAAGAACUUCUGAUAUCAUUCGCGACUGAACGAAAAAGAAAUGACAUCAAACUCGAAGGAGUUAUCGGAACAGGGGAGUUUGCGGAUGUCUACAAAGGAACAUUAAAAUCACGUGAAGGCAAAGGGGUGGUUGCUGUCAAAGUCUUGAGGCCUGGUUCCAGUGAGAAAAAUCAAAAAGAUUUUCUUUCCGAGGCGUCCCUUAUGGGCCAGUUUGAUCAUCCAAAUGUUAUCCGCCUCAUUGGAGUGGUGACACAAAGUAGACCAAUGAUGAUUCUAACAGAAUUCCUGGAAAGUGGAUCAUUGGACCACUUUUUAAAGGACCGAAAUGGUCAGCUGACGAGCCUUCAGUUGGUUGGAAUGGCCAGAGGUGUGGCUCACGGAAUGAAGUACCUGUCAGAAUUAAACUUCAUUCAUCGGGAUCUAGCUGCUCGCAAUAUUCUUGUGGGUGAAAACAUGUUGUGUAAAGUAUCAGAUUUUGGCCUUUCAAGAGAACUGGCUGACGACGAUGAAGCGCAAGCUGAAUACACGACACAAGGGGGCAAGAUUCCAGUUCGUUGGACAGCCCCAGAGGCACUUCAGCAUCGGACCUUCAGUUCAGCCAGUGAUGUUUGGAGCUUCGGCAUCUUAAUGUGGGAGAUCAUGUCAUACUGUGACAGACCUUACUGGAAUUGGGACAAUUUCGAUGUUAUCAAGCGAGUGGAAACUGGAUACAGAUUACCAGCUCCACAGGGAUGUCCGAAAAUCGUCCAUAAUUUAAUGAUGGAAUGCUGGCAUAAAGAUAAAACCCAACGGCCCAAUUUUUCUGAAAUUGUCAAUCGCCUGGAUGAACUUAUUCGAUCCCCGGAAUUUCUAAGUGGUGAUUCAUCCUCUUUCUCAGAGAGUCCUAAAGCAAGCCAUACCCCAGAAUUCCAGUCGGUGGACGAAUGGCUAAAACACAUCAACAUGGAUAAGUAUUCUGAAUUAUUCCGAGAAGCAAGAAUUAAUGAUAUGAACAAAGUCACUGAACUGAAUGACAAACAACUGAGAGGAAUGGGUAUCAGCUUGAUUGGGCAUCGAAAUAAAAUGCAAAAGAGUAUCAAUGCUAUGAAAUCACAACGUUAUAAGAAGGGCAUGGAUACAGAUUAGAUGCCCUGAUGAAAUCAAGAAAAUGCAAUUUCGGGAACGUUUUCUGCUUGUAACUGAGCUGGUGAUCAGUAAGCAGGAGGAAAUUACUACACUAUCACGAACGAAUGUUGUCAUAUAUCUAAUCUUGUAAUGGACAGUGCCAGGUUGUUCAAAGGUGGGUUAAGAUAACCAAGGAUUAGUGUGAAAAUUGAUUUCAGAUCUGAAAGCUUAAAAA